AGGUUUCUGUGGCUGUGAUUCUGGUCCAGACUACAUCCUCUCUUCGCUCUCUGGAUGCUUUGGAGCUGGAUGGGCAGCUGAGAGCGGCUAGCCGUCAGCAGACCUCUGCUGUUUUCAGCUUCGGACAUUAUCCACUGACACCUGCCAACUUAUUGGAUGGAGCACUUGUGACACAACUAAUGCUUUCUUCUGCUGAUUCACCUUAAACUACCAAAGUUUGGAGAUCUGCUCCUAGUCAAUGUACAUUGCACUAACCUCAUCACCACCAGAAAUGAAUGCCAACAGUAUGCCUAAACAAGUGGAGGUGAGGAUGCAUGAGAGCCACCUGGAGCCCAUUGAGGCGAGGCCCCGGUCCAAAUGUGCCCAAAUCUGCUCCAAAAUGUUCAAGAACCUCCUGCUCACGCUCACAGUCCUUGGUGUGAUUCUGGGAGCUGUAUCAGGGAUGCUGCUGCGUGUCGCCUCUCCAAUUCAUCCGGACAUUGUCAUGGUGAUUGCCUUUCCUGGAGAUAUUCUGAUGAGGAUGCUGAAGAUGUUGAUCUUGCCUCUCAUUAUCUCCAGCUUAAUCACAGGGCUUGCUGGCCUGGACGCCAAAUCUAGUGGUCGCCUGGGAACCAGAGCUAUGGUUUACUACAUGACCACCACUGUUAUUGCUGCUGUCCUGGGUGUCAUCCUGGUGCUAGUCAUCCAUCCUGGCAACCCCAAACUGAAGGAAAAUCUGGGCGAGGGCGAGAAAAACGAUGAUGUGUCCAGCUUGGAUGCCUUCUUCGAUCUGAUAAGGAAUCUUUUCCCAGAAAACCUGGUGCAAGCCUGCUUUCAACAGAUCCAAACAGUCACCAAAAAAGUUGAGGUGGUUGUGGAAGAGGAAGUUAAUGUCACCACUGUGGAGGGCCUGGUGGCUAACAUUACCAAGGAGCCACAGUUUAUCAUCAAAAAGUCACUUCAGUACAAAAGUGGCAUGAAUGUUUUGGGUAUGAUUGGUUUCUUUAUUGCAUUUGGCAUCUGCAUGGGCAAGAUGGGAGACAAGGCCAGACUCAUGAUUGAAUUCUUCAAUAUCCUCAAUGAGAUUGUGAUGAAACUUGUCAUCAUGAUCAUGUGGUACUCUCCCUUUGGUAUUGCCUGUCUGAUUUGUGGCAAGAUCAUCUCCAUUAAGGACCUGGAGGUGGUGGCAAGGCAGCUUGGCAUGUACAUGGUGACUGUGAUUAUUGGUCUGAUCAUCCACGGCGCAAUCUUCCUGCCCAGCAUUUAUUUUGUCAUCACAAGGAAAAACCCCUUCACCUUCUUCUUGGGAAUCUUCCAGGCCUGGAUCACUGCUCUAGGAACAGCUUCCAGUGCUGGCACACUUCCUGUCACAUUCCGUUGCCUGGAGGAGAAUUUGGGCAUUGACAAAAGAGUCACUCGUUUUGUGCUCCCAGUAGGUGCCACCAUCAAUAUGGAUGGAACUGCUCUCUAUGAGGCUGUGGCGGCCAUCUUUAUUGCCCAGAUGAAUGGUGUGAAUCUUGAUCCUGGUCAGAUUGUCACAGUCAGUCUGACAGCCACCCUCGCCAGUGUUGGAGCAGCCAGUAUUCCCAGUGCCGGCCUCGUGACUAUGCUGUUGAUCCUUACCGCCGUUGGCUUACCAACCCAGGAUAUCAGUUUGCUGGUUGCUGUUGACUGGUUAUUGGAUCGUUUCAGGACCUCAGUGAAUGUGGUGGGUGACUCCUACGGUGCAGGGAUUGUGUACCAUCUGUCCAAAGCUGAGCUGGAUGAGCUGGAUGCGCACAUGGCUAAAUCAGACGACAUCGAAAUGAUGACAAAGACCCAGUCCUAUUAUGACGACAUGAAGAACCACCACGAGAACAAUUCCAACCAGUGCGUCUUAACCGCAACUUCUUCUACAGCUGCUACUGCCAAUGCUAACAAUUCUGUCUUAGUAGAUGAAUGCAAGGUAACCUCAGCCGCUAACGGUUCUGCUGCGGAGUGCACGAUUGUGGAGGAGGAACCAUGGAAACAUGAAUAAUGGCAGCGCAGAGAUCCCCCUGCUCCUGGGCUCCACGAGCUUUCCUAUCUGGUGAUAAAACAAGAAGAGUGAAUGAAAAGUCACAUGAACAGAACUACUAAUGUUUUUUUUUUUUAUGUAGUUUUAUUUUUUUUACUCUUAGUCCCUUUAAGAAGUUUUUGUAUUUUUGUCCAUCUGACUGGUAUAUUAUACUAAUUCACAUAACAGUGAACUGACAACAGAGUUAUACCUCACCUGUUAGAGCGCAGAAACACAUCCUGUAUACCAGAUACUUGCACAACAUACUUCAAGGCUUGGGGGGGGAGAAAGAGAGAAUUAUUAUUACGGUAGAUAUUUUUUUCAGUUCAGUUUAUGUUUAUAUGAAAAGCAACAAUGUAGUUGUGCAACACACAUGCACUGAGGGUAUCUUCCAUAUUUUAUAAAGAUGGCUCCUUUUUCUGAGCGGGAGGAUGAGUGGGAACCACACCAAUAAUUGAUACAACUGAUUUUAUCUGUGUUGAACAUGGUGUAUUUACACCUUCAUAAAAAUCUCUAUGGUACAUGAAUUUACAAUGAUCAAAUACUCUGAUCAAAGGAAAAUCCCUCCAUGCCUCUUCACAUACAAGUAUUAUCACAAAGCACAAAUUAUUUCCACAAACCAGGAUUUGUUUCCUCUCCUUUUUUUUUUGUCUUCUGUGAAGAAAGUCAACAUUUUUCUUUCACAUGUUGAGAGAGAUUUUAAAAUAAUUUAUUUGUGUCAAGAAAGCAUGACCAAGUCAAGAAUAGGGACCAGACAGGCAUAAAGUCAACCGGCUAACAGAAGCCUUUCCUCUGCCUCCUUACGUACUUGCAACACAUUGUCACAUUUCUUUUGUCUACAAUGUGAUGCAAGUAAAAUCCCUAAAAUAUUUAUAAAGCACUUUUCCCUUUUUUUCCCAGAGUAACUUUAUGAUGCCAAUGCAACUAAAAUGUAUUUUCAUUCCUCAAAAAAAAAAAAUGGAAUAAAAAAAAUAUAUAUAUAAGUAUUGCACCCUGAAGGAAAUGUAGGGACCUUAUGGAGCACAAUUAAUGUCAAAAUGCCAAGUUUAAUUUGUAGUUAGUGUUUUUUUGUUUUUUGUUUUUUUUGGCCAUUGCAACUUUGCUGCAUACAAAAAUCGAUUUACAACAAACAGCAGACACUCAGGCUUUUUAUGUUUACCUUAACAGGAAUCCUUGUAAUGUCGAACUGUUUACUUUAUCAGCUAAAGAAAAUGGCUUCUUGUUAGCACCAUUUUCCAAUGCUUUGUCUGAAAAAAAAAAGGGUUUACCUUCAACAUUUAUACUGAAAGAAAUGUGAAUAUAUUGUGGAAAAUGAGGAUUUCAAGUACACACAUUCACAUGGUUUUUAAGCUAUAUUGCACUGGUGGAAUCUGUUUAUCACCUGUAAGCACAGUCAUCCCUGACCAUGUAUGAAGCACAGUAGGUGAAGCAACAACCAUAAUUCACAAUUACAUCAUAUUUACAGAGGUUUCCUGGUACUGCAAUCUGUGUUUAUGCCAUCAGAGCUCAAGACUGUUUCUACCAACCCUAUAUGCUGCAGCUGUGUUUUUGUGCCAAUCAGAGGAUAUUUUGGGGGACUCAGAACAGAAACGAGUUAAGCUAAGAUAAUUCAAACUAUCAGGUCGUCUUAGGAUAAUCUGCCGCUGAUCAACUUAUAAAAGUGGCAAAAGGUUUUAAACAAAGCAGGGAAAACUGGAUAUCAACCUUUAUUGAAGGGAUAGAUCAGGAUUUUUUAAAUGGUCUUCUUCUAAAUUGUAUUCUGCAGUUGAUACCUUCCUUUAGUACAAAUUUGAACUGGGUGGUCCCAAAACCUGAAGCUAAUGAUUAGUUAGGAAGGGCCCACAACCAAAGCAAACUUCUAAAAAAUCUCUGGUCUCAGAAAUGUCAAAGCUGUUUAUCAAACCCAUUUUUAUUGACUAUUAACAGAGGAAAUGAAGGUUGGAAGUGGUGCAUCACCAGUGGAAUCCCUCAGAGCAAAAUGGAUAUGUGCUGCUGUGUUUUCGUCUGCUCUACACAUGAGAAUUGAGUUUUUGAUGAGAUUUUUUUAAUAUAUAUAAAAACAUUUAAAAACGCCAUGAUUUAACUUAAUGAACAAAGUACCCAGAGAAAACUAAAAGCAGUGACGCAAAGGCACUCUUUGUGCAUGACCAUAACUGCUUUCUAGAAACCACAACAAUAUUACAGCUGUUUAUUAUCCCUGCCUUACUUAGUGGGGUUUUUUUUCCUUCAGACUUCAAAAAUGAAGUUAAUGAGGUAGUAACCAAUGAAAAUACUUUUUUAAACUCUUUCUUUUUUUACAAUAAUUUUGGGACAACACUGUGUGAAAAUUCUUCUGUUAAAACAACUGUUCAAAGCAAACAUGGCAGUUGUUUUAAAAGGCAUAAAACGGCAUUAGCAUGAAUUGCUAUGGAGGUGCUACAAUUGGAGUUGUUUUGUUACAACCUUCUAGGACCUGAAUCCUGAACUUUCCCCUCGCCCUGUGUGAGUGAGCAGUGAGACCUUAGUUAUGUGAGUUGAUUAAGUUGCUUUCUUUUUCCGGUGGAUCCUUCUCUGUUUCUUUUUAUUUGUGCUGAAAUGACAACCAUGCCUUGAAGGUGUUCAAAUCAAAUGUCAUUUACUGUAACAAAAGAAAACCUAACUUAGCACUUUGUCCUUUAGCUCUCAAAGUACAUUCUCAGUUUACACCUUUUUAAGUUCAUUUAACAUAAGUGAGGCAUGUUUUGAACAACAUUGGUGUUCUACUUAACAUAUUAAAGGACUGAUGCAUGCUUAGACUAAAAAAAAUAAAUAAAUAAAACACACACAUAGACACUCAUUAAAUCACCUGGGCUUUUAUUCCUGAAUCACACAUAUAUUAAAAACACUUAAAUCUUAAAGGUCAGUCAAGUUUGAUCCAUAUUUCCUGAGCUGCAGAGCACAGAACUGACACCUUUACAGGCUCUUUAAGCCUUACCUUUAGACCUUGUGAUAUAUAUAUAAAGAAAACUUCUGCAGUGAAGACAUAAUGCAAAUCAUAGUGUCACGUAAAGGGACUGAGUGUUGAAUGACUACUAUGUUCAAUAUUAUGGUUGUAGACGCAUGAAUUAAAUAAAAAGUCUAAUUAUUUUUUUGCACCACUAUCUUAAAAGCAUGAUAUUUUGAAGUGCCUCCAUGCACUUUGUGUAUAUAUUGUAGUUAACAGAUUUUGCUUUCAUUUUAUUGAUUUGUUUUGUUUCUCUUGAAAUUCCAUGUAGAAAUAAGGUUUCAUUCCUGUGACUCGUUGAAAUGUAAUCAGCUAGAGGAAGGGGGGGAGAAAAAAAACAUUCGUUUUGAUAGAUUAGACGAAAUGUAUAGAGGACAACAUGUAAUAAAUUGCCUGUCUGAUUUUAUUUUCUAAUUGCUGUUAACUAGCUGUUUAACAUUUCUGUCACACAUAUGAUAUAUAAAUAUCUUUUCUUUUGUAUCUAAUGUAAGUGAAUGUUUGUUCCAUAAAGAUAUAAGCAGUGUGAAUUCAUUUUCAUUGUACAUAUAUGGAUAUAAUCGUUCUGUUCAGUGGCAAUGCAGAGGUUAAUUAAAAUUGCAGUGAUCCUGAAUCAAACGCAGUUUGUAUGAAAAGAGAGAGGUGGAUAAGAAGAUAAAUAAAGAAAGACAAGAGUAAAAGAAGGUUUCUUGUUUUAUAAGGAGGCCAAUCUCACUUAUUUAGGGUAAAACUGAUGUUAUGAAGGUAUUUAAAGACCAAAAGGGUUAAGUUUGCCCUUGGUGUAGGACACACAGAGAGAGAUAAAUCAUAGCCAAGAAGUUAAUCAGAGAGAAUAAAUACCUGUGCUAUUCCUACGCCUACCACAGUAAAGAGCAACAAUCCUCAGGGGAAUUCUCUGAAACAUUUUAAAAGGAAACAUGCUGGCUUCUUAGUCUCAGGCAUAUUUGUUCCACUGAUUCACUUAAAGUCAAAAACUUCUUCACACAUUCCACCUCUGUUGCACAAUCAAUGCCAGUGAAGUUUAUAGGAAUCCCAUGUUUUUUAUUGCCUUCAGUCUCAAUAGAUUUUUGACAGGUAUGUUGAGAGACCUGAUGCCUGCUCAGCUAAAUGUUACUGAUUAGAUGCAAAGUCACUGACAAUAAAAAGCUGGAAUACUUUUAAACACUUUAAAGUGUCUUUUUGAAGAAUUCCAUAAGUAGACAUGAUGGUCUGUUUUAUCGCUGCCUUAAAUGAGUUGGGGUCUGCCCUUAUUGUAAUGAUGUUGUAAUAUCAAUGUAAUGGCAAGAGAGUCUGUGUGUGAGAAAUAUACAAUUGGGUUAAAAAAAUAGAAUGAAGCAUUCUUUCCUCAGAUUUUGGUUGAUAUGAAAACAAAAAAUCUGUUUCUACAUAUCAACAAAUGUUGUACCUUUGGUGUACAUAUACAAUUAUAACUAAUAAAUGUUCAUAACUAAG